CCAGCCAGGGUCCAGAUCCGGCCUGGCCCGCACUCUCGCCCGACUGUGGCCUGUUAGGCUGCAUGCAGAAGCAUGGGGGAGCUUCGAUUUCAGCCCUCUUCUUACACAUAAACUCCAGAAUUUGGAGCCUUGACAUUUUGUCCUUUUUAGUACAUUCUUUUUUUGAGUGCAGAAAAGAUCAGGUGCCAUCAGUCAUAACAUCAGAGAAGUACGUUUUUGCUGUUUGUCUUUUUUUUUCCUCUGCAGAAUUUUAUAGGUUUUUAAAUUUUUAUUUGUGUGUGUAUGUGUGUGAGAGAGUAAGAGAGCGAGCCCAUUUCACAUUUUUCGUUGAGUUACUGAAGUCAGGUAGUUCCAGGUUUAAGUGACCCAGCAGGACAGACUGUCCAUCCUUGGCCACAGCUGCUUGAGCUGUCUUUAGACAGCUAUAUGUUCAGACUUGGGUCCUUGGCUGUAGCCUGUGCUGAGUGCUGAGAGGAGAGGAUGAAUUAGCUGCAGCAGGCGUGGUCUGGCAGUGGAGGCAGAAGACUGGAAGAAGUGACCACAGUAACUGUGGCCAACGUUGGGUCCUCUGCAGACAACGUCUUCACAACGUCGGUGGCAAACGCGGCUUCGAUCUCAGGACAUGUACUGUCUGGUAGGACAGCUCUUCAGAUUGGGGACAGCCUGAAUACGGAGAAAGCCACGUUGAUCGUUGUCCACACAGAUGGGAGCAUUGUGGAGACGACUGGGCUGAAGGGUCCAGCAGCCCCGCUCACCCCAGGUCCUCAGUCUCCUCCAACUCCGUUGGCACCCGGCCAGGAGAAAGGUGGCACCAAGUACAACUGGGACCCCUCGGUGUAUGACAGUGAGCUGCCAGUGCGCUGCCGGAACAUCAGCGGCACGCUCUACAAGAGCAGGCUUGGCUCAGGCGGCCGGGGCCGAUGCAUCAAACAGGGGGAGAACUGGUAUAGCCCAACGGAGUUUGAGGCCAUGGCAGGACGAGCCAGCAGCAAAGACUGGAAGAGAAGUAUUCGCUAUGCAGGCAGACCUCUGCAGUGCCUCAUUCAGGAUGGCAUUUUAAACCCUCAUGCUGCCUCAUGUACCUGUGCCGCUUGCUGUGAUGAUAUGACCCUGAGUGGUCCAGUGAGGCUUUUUGUUCCUUACAAAAGGCGCAAGAAGGAGAAUGAACUGCCCACAGCUCCAAUGAAGAAAGAGCCCCCCAAGAACAUCACUCUGCUUCCAGCUACCGCAGCUACCACCUUCACUGUGACGCCCUCAGGACAGAUCACCACCUCUGGGGCACUGACCUUUGACCGGGCAUCCACUGUGGAGGCUACUGCUGUCAUAUCAGAGGGCCCUGCCCAGGGUGAUGUCUUUGCAGGAGCCACAGUGCAAGAGGCUGGAGUGCAGCCCCCGUGCAGGGUCGGCCACCCUGAGCCCCACUACCCCGGCUUCCAGGACAGCUGCCAGAUGGCCCCGUUUCCAGAAGCCGCUCUGCCAACGUCACAUCCCAAAAUAGUCCUGACAUCCCUGCCUGCCCUAGCAGUGCCGCCUUCCACCCCCACCAAAGCUGUCUCCCCCACGGUGGUCAAUGGGCUGGAGAUGUCAGAACAGCGGAGCUGGUUGUACCUGGAAGAGAUGGUCAAUUCUCUGCUCAGCACUGCACAGCAGCUGAAGACAGUGUUUGAACAGGCCAAGCAGGCCAGCUCCUGCCGUGAGGCUGCUGCGACCCAGGCCAGAAUGCAGGCCGAUGCCGAGCGGAAAGAGCAGUCUUGUGUGAACUGUGGCCGGGAAGCCAUGAGCGAGUGCACCGGCUGUCACAAAGUCAACUACUGCUCCACAUUCUGCCAGCGCAAGGACUGGAAGGACCAUCAGCACAUAUGUGGCCAGUCCACUUCAGUCACUGUCCAGGCAGAUGAAGUCCACGUGGAGGAGAGUGUGAUUGAGAAGGUCACUGUGUGACCCGGGCUCCUCCCGGAUCUGUGUCCCAGGUCAGGGCUCCUUAAGGCUGGAGGAAGGCCCGGGGAAGGCAAAGGAACUUGCUGGACAAGUCGUUAACAAAUGGAGUGGCUGUGCCCUUAGACAUGAACUCUCACUGGACACUCAAGGAAUAUUUGCGUCAGCAUGCCCUCAGAACUGAGCUGCCCUUGGAGACCUGAGGAAUGUGGGUGGCAUUGUGGGGCAGGAUGCUGCAGUGGCCCAGGGUCUUUGCCUGGCCCGGUGCUCUUUCAUCCCUGGAUCAUCGGCACUGGCCCCCCGCGGUCCACGUGUGUCCACACAUGUGAGUCUGUCAUGGAAUUGUCAAUAAAGUCCCCUCCCCACCCGGUCAGUCGGCCUCAGCCCAGGGU